AAAAUACAGCCAGUAGACCUUCAUUGAAACACUCCGGGUGUGAGGUCCCCGCGAGUCUCGGAACUGGCCGUUUCAUCGACCUGUGCCGCUGUGUUUCACAGCAGGACGGUGACUCAGGACAAGUGGAAGAGGCUUAUCUAGAUGACAGGGACGUUUAAACAUCCACAAUCCCUUUGGCAUGUCAGCAUAAAAGCUUACAGGACAAGCAUGUCAAGGUAGAUUGUGGGGAGGAUUGAGAGGGAUCGUCAGUCAUGGAUAGAGUCAUGGGAGGAGUGCUGCAGCUGGUUUUAGCCAGCAUGGGGGUCCUGCUGCUGUACCGGAUACUGAUCCGCCUCAGAUCAGGAGCUGCCCUUCAGGACGCUGUGGUGGUCAUCACAGGGGCCAGCUCAGGACUGGGGAAAGAGUGUGCGCGGGUCUUCCAUGCUGCUGGGGCACGGCUUGUUCUGUGUGGACGAGAUGCAACCCGUCUGCAACAGGUGGUCCAGGAACUCACAGAAAAUUCAACGCAAAGACAGACUUACACUCCCAGCAUCGUGGUCUUCGAUCUAGCUGACACAGAGACAGUGGACCGGGCUGCAGAGGAGAUCCUUCAGUGUUACGGGCAAGUCGAUGUCCUCAUCAAUAAUGCUGGAAUCAGUUACCGUGGCAACAUCCUGGAUACUCAUCUUUCGGUUCAACGGAAUGUGAUGGAGACAAAUUAUUUUGGGCCCAUUGCUCUUACACAAGCUCUUCUUCCUUCAAUGGUUCGCCGGCGCAGUGGCCACAUCGUAGUCAUCAGCAGCGUCCAGGGCAAGAUAGCCAUUCCCUACAGAUCAGCUUACGCAGCCUCGAAACACGCCACCCAGGGCUACUUUGACUGUCUACGGGCAGAGAUUGAACGCUAUGGGAUCCCAGUGACGGUGGUCAGUCCUGGGUACAUUCGAACAAACCUGUCAGUCAACGCUGUCACAGGAGACGGAUCUAAGUAUGGAGUUUUAGACAAGAAUACAAUGAUGGGUCGGGACCCCGUGGAUGUAGCUCAGGAGGUGUUGAAGGCCGUCCGUCACAGGAGCAAAGAUGUUGUUUUGGCAGGACCUUUGCCCACUCUGGCCAUCUACCUCCGCACACUGUGGCCGGCGCUCUUCUUCAAACUCAUGUCAUCUCGCGCACGCAAGGAGCAGAAACCUAAGGAUGACUGAGGGAACGGGAGGUGAGGACCGGCGGAUCAGAUGGAACGUCCAGAAACCUGAUACUGCUCCAUGUUGAAGUGGACAGAUGUUGGCAGGGUGAAAGGGACCAGAUUUUGAAUGUCGAAUGUGGAUGACCAGAUUACUUUACUGAAAAAUGAUUCUCAAACCAGUGUUUUUAUUGCAUCUAUUGCAGGGGUGUCAAACUCAUUUUAGUUCAGGGGCCACAUUAAGCCAAAUUCGAUCUGAAGUGGGCCGGACCAGUAAAAUAACAUAAUAAUAUAUAAAUAAU